UGGAUCGAGCAAUUGAAAGACACAGAGUAGCAAGGGCAGCCCGUCAAAGAAAGACACCAGGUCGUGAUAAUGACAAGCGUUCAGCAUUUUUAAAAGAUUAUUAUUACUACAAUGAAUAUCAUAAAAG